UGCCCAGAGAAGACGUGCCCUGCUUCCAUCUCCAAGCCCGUGAGCAAAUGGAUUGCUUUGAGAAUGGAAAGUUUUGUACUCAAACGGGUUCCCAGCAGCACAGGGACAGCAGUGGCUCUCAGGUGAAUGAGGCUGACAGACCUGUCAAACGUCUCAGAAGAAAGAGGAGGCUGCUUCUGGAGUCUGAGGAUGACGAGGAAAAUGCAGAUGAGGAUGAGGAGAAGAAUAAAUCAAAUAAUAUGAAAAGCCGCAGAAACACUAAACCAAUAAAACAAGUUGUUCCUGGAAAGAAGAAGGUAUGGAACUGGGUUUCCUACUUAGAAGAAGAACGGAUGCCAGCUGCUCCUCUAAAGCUGUUCCGAGAGUAUCAGUCAUUCCCACAAGGCCGGAAUGGAUUUAAAGUUGGGAUGAAAUUGGAAGGGCUGGAUCCUGAACACCCCUCUCGGUUUUGUGUCCUUUCGGUGGCUGAGGUGCAAGGGUACAGAAUGCGAUUACAUUUUGACGGUUAUCCAGAGUGCUACGACUUCUGGGUUAAUGCUGAUUCCUCAGACAUCCAUCCUGUUGGCUGGUGUGAAAAAACAAGCCAUAAGCUGCUCCCUCCUAAAGGUUUCAAAGAAGGAGAAUUUAAUUGGACUUCCUAUUUGAAGAAUUGCAAAGCUCAAGCAGCUCCAAAAAGCCUUUUUAAGACCCUCAGCACUCCUGUCACACCCUCUGGUUUUCGUCUGGGAAUGAAACUAGAGGCAGUGGACAAGAAGAAUCCAUCACUGAUGUGUGUCGCGACCAUCACGGACAUGGUGGAUAACCGCCUGCUCGUUCACUUCGAUAACUGGGAUGAGAGUUACGACUACUGGUGUGAAGCGAGCAGCCCCUAUAUUCGUCCUGUUGGCUACUGCCAAGAAACUGGAACCCCACUGACAACACCACCUGGAUACAAAGAUUCCAAAGCCUUCUCAUGGGAGAAAUACUUGGAAGAAACCAACUCCCAGGCAGCCCCAGCAAGAGCAUUCAAACUGCGUCCAGCUCACGGCUUCCAAGUUAAUAUGAAGUUAGAGGCUGUGGACAGAAGAAAUCCCAUCUUGAUAAGAGUGGCAACAAUAGUUGACAAAGACGACCAUCGCAUUAAGAUCCAUUUUGAUGGUUGGGACCGUAAUUACGAUUUCUGGGUCGAUGCAGACAGCCCCGACGUUCACCCAGUAGGCUGGUGUGCAAAAACCGGACACGCUUUGCAAGUCCCUCUAGGUGCUGUUGACCGAGUGGGAACAGUGGGACAAGCGUGUCCUACUCCAGGCUGCCACGGCAUCGGCCACGUCAGGGGACCGCGAUAUGGGACACAUUAUACAUUAAUUGGCUGCCCAUAUUCUGAUGUGAACCUCAACAGAGAAAACUUGUUACAGGACCGCCUGAGUGGGGAGAGACCUUCCCCUGGCCAUAGCCUGCAGAAAGGCAAGAGGCUGGAGACUCCUGCCCCGUUUCUGUUGGGAGCGGGAGAGUCUUCUCAGGAGAAAUCCAGAAAAUGUGCACAAGACAGUGAAAAGUUGUGUCAAAGCGAUGUUCACAGUCCGUCGGAAACCAAGAGAGAGAGAGACUGGGUGGAAGAGGAUUCCUCUGCGGACAUCAAAGCCGAACAAAAAAAGCUUGGUUGCUCGCAUGCCUAUAUAAAGUUCCAGCUGGUGAAACAGGAAAGCAAUGGGAAAGACUCCGAUUUGGAUCUCCAGCAAGCCCUCCACCAGUCUAUCUUCAUGCCUUCCCUGGCCUCUAACCCGACCCACCGCCUCCAUCUCUGCUGGGAGCAGCACUGCAAGCUCUUGCCAGAGGUCUCGGGCCUCACGGCCAAACACGUGGCCAAAUGGACCGUGGAAGAGGUGGUAAGCUUUAUCCAGCGUUUGCCUGGUUGCAAAGAACAAGCGUCUGUUUUCAGGGAAGAGCAAAUCGAUGGCGAGGCCUUCCUGCUCCUGAACCAGAGCGACAUAGUUAAAAUCCUCAGUAUCAAGCUGGGUCCUGCCCUGAAGAUCUACAACGCCAUUCUCAUGUUCAAGUCUGCAGAAGAGAACUGA